GUCAACUCUCCACAUCGGUGCGCCUCUCUUCCGAUUUAUGCCUGAAACCUGAAAAUUUCAUCGGACCUAUGAACGAAAGCAUUGAUACCGAAUCCUGACCCAUACCCGGAAAUGACCCGAAUCUCCCGAAGAAACACAAAUCAAGGCAGGAACAAGCUUUUGGAUGGUGAUCAAUCACCCAACAGGGAAAACCCGAAAACCCGAUCACUCUCUGGAAAAGCCUCGACUCCCAGUCGGGUCCUCAACUCCACCAUCGUGGCUUUGUUUGCUUCUGGUGUUCUUCUUAUCGUGGUCGGAUUGUAUAUGAAGAAUUAUUUGAUAAACCCUGCGGUGGAGAAUGUGAAGCCUAGGGUUGUUACACCAUUGCCUGCACCCAAGCUCAUGGAUCUUCCUAUGUUUCAAGGAGAGCACAAGGAAAGUCUAUACUGGGGGACGUAUAGGCCCCAUGUUUAUUUUGGAAUUCGAGCACGGACUCCAAAAUCUCUACUUGCCGGAUUGAUGUGGAUUGGUGUUAAGGAUGGGCAAUAUUCCAUGAGGCAUGUGUGCCAAGAUUCGGAUGACCUAAAGACAUAUGGUUGGACACAUCAUAAUGGGCGUGAUUACGGUCGUCAGGUAUUGGUUGACCAAAAAUUGGCAUUGACUACAAGUUUUCUGAAAUCAAAGGAUAAAGAGAGCGGUUAUGGGGGUGAUUGGGCAAUCCGAAUUGAAGCACAAAGUGAAGGACUUAAUGAGGAAAUGGCGAAAAGUGUGCACCUUUUCUUUUAUGUGGCAGAUGAAGGUAUUAGUACUCUUGGUCUGGGUAAAAGCACCUCAGAUGUUCCUGAUGAUUACCUCCUUGCAUUUGGUUCCCGAAAUGAUAUUGGUAACUGGGAGCUUCAUUUGGAUUCGAAGGAUGAGUUUGAGUUCCACUAUGCUGGUUUCAAGACACGCCAUUUUCACAAUUUAUCUGAUCUUGUUCAAGCUAAUCUCGGUAUUCAGGCUAGGAAUACUGGUCGAUUACAGCUGUCAGAUACAUCUGAUAAUGCUCCAAAUGUUCUAGUUUUCCAGAUAUCUGCAAUGAUUCCCCUCAAAGCGGAUUUGGCCUUUGUAUCAAAUUCGGGUGGUUCCACUUCAAGAGUGAAAGAACGUAUGAAGAGCCUCACAGGUAACUCUUUGACCAGCCGUCUAGAGCAGAAGCAGAAGCAAUUUGAUGACAAGUUCCAAAGUUGCUUUAAAAUGUCUAAUGAGCCUAUUCCUGGUGACAAUUAUAUUUCAUAUUGGCCAGCUGAGCUACACACAGCGGUGCCAAGUCGUCCCUUCUUUCCUAGAGGGUUUUUGUGGGAUGAAGGUUUUCAUCAGCUGUUGAUCUGGCGUUGGGAUGUUGAGAUUUCUUUGGAUAUUAUAGGGCACUGGUUGGAUCUGAUAAAUGCUGAUGGAUGGAUUCCACGUGAGCAGAUUUUAGGCGCUGAAGCUUUGAGUAAAGUGCCAUCAGAGUUUGUGCUUCAGCAUCCAACAAAUGGAAAUCCACCAACAUUGUUUUUGGUUCUAAAAGAUCUGGUUUGUGGCAUGAAGAAAAAUAAGUUUACUGCCUCAGAAGCAAAUAGUAUCUCGGUCUUCUUUCAUCGAGCAUUUACUCGUCUGGAAGCAUGGUUUAAGUGGUUUAAUACUACUCAAUCUGGAAAAGAUGUUGGCACCUACUUUUGGCACGGAAGAGACAAUGCAACCAUACGUGAACUGAACCCUAAGUCACUGUCUUCUGGAUUGGAUGAUUAUCCACGUGCAUCGCACCCCAGCGAAGAUGAACGCCACGUGGAUCUUAGAUGUUGGAUGCAGCUUGCUGCAGAUUGUAUGAGUUCCAUUUCAACGUAUCUUAAGGGAAGUGAUGCUGGAAAGGAGUAUGACUCCACGGCAAAGUUGUUAUCAGAUUUUGAGCUUUUAAAUCAGAUGCAUCUCGAUUAUAAUAGUGGAACAUACUUUGAUUAUGGAAAUCAUACAGAGAAGGUUCGUCUAAGUUGGCAGCUUGUAGAAGCACCUGGAAGUUAUCCUACUCGUGAACUUGUACGAGAAGUUCUAGAGAGACCUGAGCUGAGAUUGGUCCCUCAUGUUGGCUACGUUAGCCUAUUUCCCUUUAUGGGUAGGCUUAUUCCACCUGAUUCAUGGAUAUUAGAUAAACAGCUUGAUCUCAUCUCGAACAUCAGUACUCUGUGGACUAAAUAUGGAUUGAGGUCUCUUGCUAAAACAAGCUCAAUAUACAUGAAACGCAACACUGAGCAUGACCCGCCUUACUGGAGAGGCCCAAUUUGGAUGAACAUGAACUAUUUGAUUCUUUCUUCUCUCAACUAUUAUUCCCAAGCUGAUGGGCCAUACAAAGACCACGCGAAGAAUAUUUACAAUGACUUGAGAAGCAAUUUAAUCCGAAAUGUAGUGAGCAACUAUAACCAAACUGGCUACUUAUGGGAACAGUAUGAUCAAAAGAAAGGGAAGGGAAAAGGCGCACGACUAUUUACCGGUUGGACAUCGCUUAUAGUGUUGAUCAUGGCUGAAGCAUAUAAUGAUUGUUAGGACUAUAAUGCUGCUAUAUGAGGUUUUCUAAGAACCAGGCUCAUUUUUAUUUUAUUUUUAUAACAUUAUAGACAGAUGGUUCAUUAGGUGUUGGACAUUAUAUAGACCACAUUGGCUGAGUAUUGGACGUGCUAGAGAAAAUCACUGUUCGCUGCAAAGGCAACGUCUUCAUGUAACUCGAUAUUUUUGGUGAUUUUAUAUGAAGACUAGAUAUUUUGGUGAUUUUAUCGUUCGUCUAAAUUCAUUAUGAGGUUAAGGCUACUGCUGUUUAGUCGCUGAAUGAUGUUAUGAAAGAACAUAAAUAAG